AUGGGAAUCGAUAAGAUCACCGAGAAGUCUCAGGUGAGUCAGGAUGGAACGAUGGUUGCUGUGCCACAUUCAGACUCUCCACAGACGCCGACUGAAAGCUGCAGCACAGCUGGAGCCAGCGACACCGAGUCUCACUCAGAGAGAGAUAAGGAGGCCAACCGCACACAAUCAGAGUCAGCGAGGAGCCGACUGUCGAGUGUCUCAUCGACGGCUGCGUGGAGCGCUAACUCAGACUGGAUCUCUUCCUGGAAGGCCAAACUUCCUCUGCAGACAAUCAUGCGGCUGCUGCAGGUGCUGGUUCCUCAGGUGGAGAAGAUUUGCAUUGACAAGGGUCUGACUGACGAGUCUGAAAUCCUCAAGUUCCUGCAGCACGGCACACUUGUGGGCCUCCUGCCCGUCCCUCACCCCAUCCUCAUCAGGAAGUACCAAGCCAACGCCGGCACGGCCAUGUGGUUCCGCACCUAUAUCUGGGGCGUCAUCUACUUACGCAACAUCGAUCCUCCAAUCUGGUACGACACCGACAUACGGCUGUUUGAGAUCCAGAGGAUUUAGAGGAGCUGCUGAGGAUCCAACAACAACAAAAAGGCUCUGACACUUUAUCCUCCUCACACCUGAACUGUGCUUGAAAAUCAGAGGACAGCUCAGUCUUAAUGCCAAAUUGUAUAAAGA